AAGACACAGUUGUAAGAUGUUUACUAAGAGGACAUGGCCGCAGUAGGCGUUAACAUACGUGUUACCUUGGACUCCCCUCAGUUCCCCCUAUUCAUGUGCGGAAUCUCAUUGUUGGUGGGGACAUCAUUCAAGCUGGUGUUUUAAGGCCAGAGGGAGGCUCCCAGUUCAUUAGAGCUGUGUUUCAAGGGUUGGAGUAAGAGAGGGGUGCUACAUCUUGUGGUGACAGCGAGCUGUGGUGAAUAGUCCACCAGAAGAUUCACAGAGUUGCGGGGAGAGGGCCAAAAGGUAGCGGAGUGGCUGAGCUGAGAGGAACCAGAGGGAGAGUCUUUGGAAGAUGGCACCUGCCAGUUUGGUUUUUGUCUGGUUACUGUUCACCAUGAGGAUGGUCACCUCGGCAGAGUAUCUGACGCCUGAGGAGGAGGAGGAGCUCAAUGAAACUGUCAUUUGCACCAACGACCAUAUGGACGUUGUUAUUCCCAGUGCUUUCUUCCUCAACAAAGUGCCUCCAGUUUACGUUUGGGAUUUGCAUUUAAACGACCCAGAGUGCCGCGGUGUGGAGAUCGGAGAUGACUACGUUUUCAGCAUAAAGACGAACCUCUCUGACUGUGGAACAAUAAUGGCCUCAGAUGACACACACAUCAUGUUCAUAAACACCAUACACAACAACGACACAGAUGUUAUAACCAGAAACUAUAUCAACAUAACAUUUGUGUGCCGCUACCCCAUCAACUACCUGGUCCAACAACCCAAUGGUGAAAACAUGAUUAGAGUUGAUGUCAAAACCAUCACUCUGAACACAGAGGAUGGGAACUUUUCGGUGUCGAUGUUACUGUACAAAGAUGAAGCCUUUGAGGACAGAUGGACCACUGUGCCGUCACUGACGCUGGAUGAUGACAUCUUUGUCAAGGUUUUCAUGAUACCGGCUCACCUGAUGCUGCGUAUGGAGAGAUGCUGGGCUACACCGACCAGUGAUCCAUAUAGUAAUAUUCAGUACACCUUCAUCCGAGACAGCUGCCCAGUGUUAUCGAAUGAACAGACCCUGAGCGUGCUGAAGAACGGCCAGGGCCCUGAGGCCAUGUUCAGGAUACAAAUGUUCAAGUUUGUCGGCAGCUCUUACACCAACGUCUUCCUCCACUGCAACGUCCAGAUCUGCCACAACACGGCGGGGCUGUGCCAGCCUAACUGUUCCAGUGAAGGUGAAGAUGAGUUAAUCAGGAUACGGAGAGACAUCCCGCUGUCCCAUACAGUGUCUUACGGACCAAUCAGACGACUGCUAGCCAAUAGUGAAAAGCCCAGUCUGAAUGCAGGCGGAGUCCCUCCCGUGGAGACCUUUGUCCUCGGAGGGCUGCUGGUCGUCUUGCUGCUGAUCACAGGAGUGUUUGGGAGGCUGUGGCUCCGCUCCAGACGUUUCUACCCAGCACGAGAGGCGCAGCUCACCCUGUCCAACAUUCACCACAUCUCAGAGGUGGCCUCAUGAAUCAGGGAGCAAAGACAUGGACACAUAAACACAUAAACAUGUACAUUACAAAUGUACAGGUGUGAUUUAUGAUAAUAAUGAAAGACUUGCAUGUGUUUCUCUUUGUAGAAUGAGUUUCUUGAAUUGUAUGAUAGCAGCUUGAAUAAAGGUCGCCUUCAA